GGAAUGUGAUUGGUCCAAUUCUAGCUUGACGCGGCUUUUUCGGAAGACCCAGCUUGAAUUUCCUCAGUCUUUAAUCUCUGUACAAUCGCAAAAAACAGGAGAUCGAGUUGUAAAUUUUUGUUUUACAAUGGACAUACAAGAACUUUUGCCUCCAACUUUGAUGUCUUUGCUGUUCCUUGGAAUCUUACCUUUUGGACAGAAGGCAUGGAUCUUCGUAGACUUGUUGAUAACAACUUUAUGGGGAUUGCUUUGCAUUGCUCUCCCAAAACAUGUUAUGCAAUAUCAGAUUGAUGGUGAACUUGAUUUGAAGCAUGAGUAUUUUUACAGACAGUUUGGAUUCAUCCUCCUCAGCACAUCACUCUUUGGAAUUUUCACACAACACUCAUCAGAUCCCACAGUCAAAGUUACAUUUUUGUGGUCUCGGGUUAUUUCAACUAGUGUGUACAUUUUGAAUCGUGUAUACUCCAUUUACAAUGUAACAAAAGAUCCUCAUUGGAAUGACAGGAGUUGGUAUUUUGGGACCUAUGGAGAUGUUCUGUGGUUUCUUGGAUCUCUCUACCACACACUGAGGUGCCAAGACUGGGGAGGAGCUAAUGAAACACAUUCUAGACUGGAUGUCCACCUCAGAAUUGAUGCCAUUUUGACCCUGUUUAUGGCACUAAUGUGCUUUGCUUUUCCAGGUCAUGUUUAUAGAAUUCAGGUGGAUGGCAAACUUGGCAAACUUCACCUUUCUCUGAUUCGUAUCGUGGCGGCCUUCAUGUUUGGAUCAUGUGUCAUCUCAGCAUCGGCUUCAAGAUUUAGCAAUGUAGCAGAUAAACUUCAUUUUCUGACCUAUCGUAUUCUUACAAACUCCUGCAUUAUCACAUUCCAGUUGAUUUCACAAUUUUUCACAAGUAACUGGAGUGUGUACCACGUAUACUUCAGCAUAAUGGUAACAGCAAUUUGGACAUUGAAUGCAGGAUUAGGAUAUAUGCAUGAAACCAAGAAAAAGAGCAAAGUAGAAUAAACAUACUAGUAACAUAUCCUUAAAAUGUACAUAUAUACACAAUGACAAUCUAUAAAGAAUCUCAUCUUUUACAUGUAUGGAGAAAUUGGUGGAGUGUUGUGAUUAUAUACAUGUAUAUUAAAAGCACAAAUUUGGAUAUCUGGUUUAUUUUAAAGUAAACAUUUUUAAAAA